AUGGGAUGCAAAAACAGCAUCUAUGCGUUAGCAAUGAACGAUGCAGGAACGGUGAUUAUAUCAGGAAGCACAGAAAAGGUACUACGGAUUUGGGAUCCCAGGACCUGUCAAAAGAUUAUGAAAUUGCGAGGACAUACAGAGAAUAUUCGAUCUAUCGUGAUUAGUCCCGAUGGAACCAAGUGUUUGUCUGCAAGUGCUGAUGCAACCGUACGCUUAUGGGAUCUUGGACAACAACGAUGCAUUGCCACUUGUCUGGCUCAUCAAGAAGGCGUAUGGACAUUGCAAACAGACAGAGCCUUUUCUUUCGUGUACAGUGCUGGUAGGGAUCGACGAGUUUUUCGAACGCCCAUAUGUGAUUUCGCUCAGAGCCAACUCCUCUUUGAGGAAGACGCUUUUGUGAAGCGGCUCCUUUUGGACGACCACGAUCAUCCAUCAGCCGUAUGGUCAGCAACAUGGAAUUCAACCAUAAAGAGGUGGCCACUGCCAUCUAAUACGCAGUUGUCGAUUGGCGACGGUCAAAUGGAGGAUGAAUUCGGGCAUCUUGCAAUAGAUUCACUUCGUCGAACUCCGGAUGUGAUAACACCAGGAGCGACAUCUAUAAAGCACGCUGGCGUUCUCAAUGACAAACGUCACGUCAUCACCAAAGACUCAGAUGAUUGUAUAGGCCUAUACGAUGUGUUGGCGGGAAGAAAGGUUUGGCGCAGUGGCAGUGUUCCUGUCUGUAGCGCGCACGGUGCAAUGCUCGAUCCCGACAAGCGUUAA